UCCCAGGGGUCUUCCUGGUGGUCUGGGGAAAAGCUGACCACCAGUGAGUGGUUCCUUUUGGGGUCUCUACUCCUUCCUUCCUCCAUGCCCCCUCAACCCCCACUGCCACACUCCAAGGCCUCCUCAGACUCACAGGUCUACUACAUCUGUUGGGUUCAGUGUGGGACCCCUGUCCUAGGCUUCUCUUGGGUCCCUCUCUUCUCCUAGAUUCUGACCCCAACUUGCCUUAAGGUCAUGGUGGGUGUUAAGGAAGCUCCAGAGAGAUACAGCCCACCAGGCCUGAGUGGCUGCCCACCUCAGCUCUGAUCAUGAAUGAGGCUGUAUGAGGCAGGGGUGUGAUGUGGAUGCUGGGGAGACAUGGAGGUGGAGCUUGCUUAAGGGAGGCUUCCUGCCCCACUGUGCUGCCCAGGGUGUGGGGGCAGUGUCUGGCCUCCCAUUUCCUCUGCUGCUUUGGGAGGCAGUGGGUGAGGCAGAGUGGGCCAGAGAUCAAGACAUUCAUCUUCACUGACAGCCCAGAUGAACUCCUCCAGGAGAGAUUAGGCUCGCACCUCGUGGUCACCAACUGUUCUGCAGAGCACAGUCAUCCUGCUCUGUCCUGCAAGAUGGCUGCAGAAUUUGAUGCCUUCUUGGUCAGUGGCCUCAGGUGGUUCUGCCAUGUGGAUGAUGACAACUAUGUGAACCCCAAGGCUCUGCUACAGCUGCUGAGAACAUUCCCGCAGGACCAUGAUGUCUAUGUGGGCAAGCCCAGCCUGAACCGGCCCAUACACGCCUCUGAGCUGCAAUCAAAAAACCGCACGAGGCUGGUGCGGUUCUGGUUUGCCACAGGGGGUGCUGGCUUUUGUAUCAACCGCCAACUGGCUUUGAAGAUGGUGCCGUGGGCCAGCGGUUCCCACUUUGUGGACACUUCAGCUCUCAUCCGGCUCCCCGAUGACUGCACUGUGGGCUACAUCAUCGAGUGCAAGCUGGGGGGCCACCUGCAGCCCAGCCCCCUUUUCCACUCACACCUGGAAACCUUGCAGCUGCUGGGCACUGCCCAGCUUCUGGAGCAGGUCACCCUCAGCUAUGGUGUCUUUGAAGGGAAACUGAACAUCAUCAAGCUACCGGGCCCCUUCUCCCAUGAGGAGGACCCUUCCAGAUUUCGCUCCCUCCACUGUCUCCUCUACCCGGACACACCCUGGUGUCCGCUGCUGGCAGUGCCCUGAGCUCUGACCUGCCCCAAAGGAUGAUGGAUGCUUCUAUCUGACCACUCCCCCAUCUCCCAAGCAGUCCUGAGGGCUCUUGGUCCGUACACACUGGCAGAUGGUCCCUGGCAGGGCCUCUGGGUGACAGGGAAGGUUGGGAUGUGGACACUGCUUGGCGUUGAAGGUAUCUCAGGCCCAGACACCUGGUCACACCACAGAGGCUGCAGGGACACUUGAAUUGGUGUGUAGGAGGGGGUUGGGGUCCUCACCCUCCUGAGGGUGACAUGUGCCCUGCCUGGAGUCUGGCCUCUGGCUCUGGCCUCAGGCAUUCUUUAGGGACUAGAGUCAUUGGGAUAAAACCAGGUCUGUGAUCUGCAGCUAUGGGGCUGGCCUCAGCCGCUCCUGGUUCUGCACAGCUGGCCAAUGGACCUAGACUUCGGAACCCCAACAGGCUCAGGUGCCAAUCGCAAUGAGCCUUUAGUUCAGUGUCCCAGCCUCUUUUGCUGUGAGGAGCUGCCAUAUGGCCCAGCAGAACUGAGCAAAGUCAAUAGAGGGGUUUCUGGAGUACACUCCCAGCCCAAGACCCUGCCUUCCUACUGUGAACGUGGGUGUGAUGGCUGGAUCUGGGGAAGCUACUUUGGCACCAUGAAAGAAAGGCCGAGACAAUCUAAAGCUGCUCUCCCUAACACCUGAUCUGUAAGAAAUUAAACUUUUAUUUAAGGC